GCUCGCAUAAACCCCGUACGGUUUCUCCCCACCAGAAUCCCCAUUCUCCGCCUCUCGCCUCGCCAUGGCCGCCGCCGCCGCCAUCCACCGGGCCGCCGGCCCGAUGCGCUCCGUCGCGCUCGCCUCCUCCAGGUCCCGCUCUCUCCUCCACCUCCUCACCCCCGCCCGCGCCCUCUCCUCGUCCCACGCCUACCACCCCUCCGCCGCCGCCGCCGUCCCCAGCCAGGGCCACCAGCACCCGCCGCAGCAGCACUGGGGCCCGCCUCCCCCCGGAUCCCCUCCUCCCCGGUGGUCGCCGCAGGGCCACCCGCCUCCCCCGCCGGCCAACAACUACUACCAGCAGCCGCCUCCUCCCCCGCCGCGGAACGCCUACCCGCCGCAGCGGCAGGGGCCUCCUCCUCCGCCGCCGAGGAGCGACUACCCGCCGCAGCGGCAGGGGCCUCCUCCUCCGCCGCCGAGGAGCGACUACCCGCCGCGCCACGGCUACGGUCCGCCUCCCCCGGCCCCGCCCCCGCAGCAGCAGCAGCAGCAGCGGCAGGGGCCUCCCCCUCCCCCGCCGCCCCACGGCUACGGGCCGCCGCCGCCUCCCGCCCCGUCCCCGCAGCGGCAGCAGCAGCAGGGCCCUCUCCCGCCGAAGAACAGUUACCUCCAGCAGCAGCAGCAGCAGCAGGGGCCGCCGCCGCCCGAGCCGGCGGCAGGGCCGGAGAAGCUGAUCGCGCUGUGCAGGGAGGGGCGGGCCAAGGAGGCGGUGGAGCUGCUCGAGAAGGGGGCGCGCGCGGACGCCGCGUCCUUCUACGAGCUCGCCGGCGCCUGCUCCACGCCCAAGCUGCUCGAGGAGCUCCGCAAGGUGCACGACUACCUGCUCCGCUCGCCCUUCCGGGCCGACCUGCAGGUCAACAACCGGUUCCUCGAGAUGUACGGCCGGUGCGGCAACAUGACGCACGCCCGCAGGACGUUCGACCAUAUGCCCGACCGGGACAUGGCCUCCUGGCACCUCAUGAUCGAGGGCUACGCCGGCAACGGGCUCGGGGACGCCGCGCUGCAGCUCUUCGAGGAUAUGAAGCGGUGCGGCAUGGCGCCCACCGCGCGCACCUUCGUGCUCGUGCUCGACGCGUGCGCCAACUCGGAGGCCAUCGAGGAGGCCUUCCUCUACUUCGACGCCAUGUCCCGGGACCACGGCAUCGAGCCUGGCAUGGAGCACUACGUCGGGAUCAUCGAGGUGCUGGGCAAGUCGGGGCACCUCAACGAGGCCGUGGAGUACAUCGAGAAGCUGCCGUUCGAGCCCAACGCCAUGAUCUGGGAGUCGCUCCUGAACCUGGCGCGCAUGAACGGCGACAUUGACCUCGAGGACCGGGCGGAGGAGCUGCUGGUCUCGCUCGACCCCUCCAAGGCCAACCCCAAGAAGCUCCCGACCCCUCCCCCGAAGCGGCGGCUCGGGAUCAACAUGCUGGACGGGAGGAACAAGCUGGGGGAGUACAGGCUGCCGCCCAAGAUCGAGAAGAAGGUGGUGAACGAGCAGCGCUACGUCCCCGACACGAGGUACGUGCUCCACGACAUUGACCAGGAGGCCAAGGAGCAGGCGCUACUGUACCACAGCGAGCGGCUGGCCAUCGCCUACGGCCUGAUCAGCACCCCGGCCAGGACCCCGCUGCGCAUCAUCAAGAACCUCAGGAUCUGCGGGGACUGCCACAACGCCAUCAAGAUCAUGUCGAGGAUCGUGGGGCGGGAGCUCAUCGUGAGGGACAACAAGCGGUUCCACCAUUUCAAGGAGGGCAAGUGCUCCUGCGGCGACUACUGGUGAUCCAUUGAACAUGGUGCCUGGAUGAUUUUAUCUGAUCGAAUGUGGUGGCGUGUCGUCGAACCCUGUUUCUUGCUGUUCUAUAUGAAUAUAUGUGUCGACAGUCAGGACAUGCUUUUAGUGCAUAAGCAGUAUCAAGAUAUCUGAUGGUACUUGGUGCUGGUAGCAGUAGAGACUAUCCGUUACUUAUAGCUAUUUCGCCAGUAUUUUUCGACCGCUUGAUGUCAUUUUUAGCCACUGCCUGUUCGUAUGCACCAAAAAACCAUCGCUUCUUGAUGCACAAAUUAAUCUCUUCUUUCAUGUGGGUCGUGCUUGGUAUGAGGUUCAUGUAUUGUUCGUAGGCGAAAGCCGAUGACCGACCGCAUGAUUGUAAGAGGUUCUCUUAUCUCAAUCCCUUUUGGAUUAAUAAGUAAAUGGAAACUAGUCUUGUAUAUCCA